UUAAUGUGUUUCAAAAUGGCGCUGGCAGUGGUACCACUGAUCUAAGUGACUGGCAUCAGUAACUGCAUUGGCACACCAAUUUAGAAGAAUGGUAUAAUUAUAUAAUUGAACACUGGAUUAAAUAGUAUGACUACGUGAGUUCACUUGACGAGAAAGAAACAACAGACAUGGAUGUACAGUCUAAAAGAUGCAAUUUGAAGACAACUGUCAAUGCUCUGAAAGCCACAUUUGACAUAAAACCAUAUAAAGCAGUGGUGUCACCUAGCACACUGAUCAAACUUGACAUCUUAAAUAAUACUUGGAUGCAUGUGUAUAUGUUUCCAAACAGGACCACAAAACUUGGAUAUGAAGAAAUUUUGCAAAGCCAUCCCUAUGUGAUUCUGAGCUUCAUUUCAUAUGAAACAUCUUGGAACAAUUGUGAUACCAGUGUUAAGAAAGACAUUGUUUAUAUUUCUGAAGAGGCUGCUUUUAAUAUCUUUUCAGAUGUUGCAACAUUCAAUAAGUUCCAAGAGGGCGAGCAAGUUCAGUUAUUUUUAGAACAACUCAAAGAUUCCUUUUAUGAACCAACUAUUGCAAGCAAAUGUGUUAUUUCUGCAGUUAGAUCGCCAGUUGAAGAUGAGUUGGAGCUUAAUCUUGAGAGUUUAUUAAUCAACCAUUUCAAGGAAAGAAAGUUGCUGUCUUAUAAUCAAAUAUUUGGGGUCUGUUGUGAGCCAUACAAAGAUUUAGAGGAGAGUCCCAAAUUUAUAUGGUUCAAAGUUUUGGAAUUGCAAAAUAUAGGAGAAAAAGUUAGUGUUGCUUGGGUGGAAGAUGGUAUCUCAUCGCUGUUUUUGAAAGGAAGUGACAAUAGCCAUGUUCCAUAUGAUGCAAAACGUUCACGAAAGUUUAAUUUUUUCACAAAUGCUCUAAAAACCGCACUUCAAAACCAGUUUCUUGAAUUGACUGAUCUGUUAAAACCUGUUUUUAGUAAAGACAUUCCAUCUGUUGAUGUACCUAUUCUACUUCAUGGUCCACCCGCUGCAGGGAAACAAUUGAUUGCGCAAAUGAUAGCCAGCUUUUUUAGAGCACAUUUUUAUCCGGUAAAUUGUCACUUUUUAAAUGGCGAGUCAUUGGCGGCCGUGGAGCAGCGAAUUCAAGGGGUGUUUCAGAAGGCAGCGUAUUUCUCACCUUGCUUGUUGCUGCUUUGUAACGUCCAUGCGUUUUAUAAAGGCGAUGAUGAUGAGGAUGGUGAGCCCAGGAUUGUGCAUUGCCUUCAGAAGUGUUUAAAAUCAAUUAGUGUAGAAGAUACGGUAGUUGUCAUUGCGACAACAAAUUGCUACGACCAAAUGAGCUCCACUAUCACUCGUUUAUUUACAUAUGAAAUCCAGAUUGAACCUUUUGAUGAAAGAAUGAGAUCCAACGUUAUAAAUGCACUUUUGCCAGAGGGUUGUAACUUGGAGUUGUCUAUUGAAAACAUUUGCAAAAAGACAGCGGGCAUGGUGUUGGGAGAUUUCUGUACAUUGGUUCACCGAGCAAUAAACAAUACCAUUGCACGAGCUCAUGAUGAGCCUACCAGGAAUAUGUGCCAAAUAAAGCAAGAAGAUUUUGACGAGGCCCUUAGCAAGAUUCAUUUGGAAUAUAAAGAUACUCUAGGUAUACCUGACAUUCCACAGGUUCAUUGGAAUGAUAUUGGCGGUCUGGCUGAUGUUAAAGAAGAUAUACUUGAAACCAUUAAGUUGCCAUUACAGUACCCGGAGUUGAUGUCUAAAGGGCUUCGAAGGUCGGGUAUUCUUCUCUAUGGACCUCCUGGCUGCGGUAAGACGCUCUUAGCAAAAGCUGUUGCAACGGAAUUUGGUUUGAAUUUCUUCAGUGUUAAAGGACCAGAGCUUAUAAAUAUGUAUGUUGGCCAGAGUGAGCAAAAUGUCAGAGACAUGUUUCUAAAGGCAAGAGAAUCUGCUCCUUGUAUAAUAUUUUUUGAUGAGUUGGAUUCUAUUGCGCCGAAUCGAGGGAGAAGUGGAGAUUCUGGUGGAGUUAUGGACAGAAUCGUUUCUCAGCUGCUGGCAGAACUUGAUGGUCUACAGACUUCUCACGAUUUGUUUGUAAUUGGUGCAACUAAUCGCCCAGAUCUGCUUGAUAACUCACUUUUGCGUCCAGGUCGAUUUGACAAAAUGGUCUAUGUGGGUUUCCCAGAAACUAAAGCAGACAGAUUAAAUAUCAUAAAGUCAUACACGGACAAAAUGCAAUUAUGUCCAGAUGUGGAUUUAGACGUAAUUGAAUAUGCCCUUCCUUUAUACCUAACAGGUGCAGACUUUUACGCUUUGUGUGCUGAUGCGUUUCUUAAUGGUAUCAAAAGAUGUGUUGAUAUGGAAUCGUGUCAGAAUAAAAAGGAAAGUGGCAUUUUGAUUAAGAUGUGUGAUUUCGAGAAUGCAAUCAAAGAACUUGUACCGUCAGUAACAAAGAAUGAUGUUUUGAAGUAUAAAGAUAUUAAACGGAAACUUGAGAAUGAAAGGACAAAAAGGACUUGA